GCAAGCACGUUUUCAAUGAUGUUCAAACAGUGGAAAUGAAUCAGUUGCAGAUACUUCAGAUGAUCUUUACUCAACUGUUAGAUGACAUGACAGGGAGAAGCAAAGUCUUUGAGGACAUUUUAUGUACCAUUUCAAUCUGCAGCAAUAGUUCUGCAAGCCAACUUAUUUACUCAUCUUUAGAAUUUAUUGAUUUAGCAAGUGACAUCUAUAAGAAUUCCCUGUCAGUUUUCUCAAAACCACAAGAAGUGACCUGUGAGACUCUUGUUCACUCAACACUGAAUUUAUUAAGAAGCCUUGACCAAUUUUUGUAUGUUUUGGACAGCCUUCCUCUGGACAACUGUGAAUGUCAAAUUUCACUUGAAAAAUUGCAACGACAAACUGAAAGAAUUACCCUAAUCCUUGUGGAAUCCUUCCCUCAAAGCCCACUUGUGCAAGUAUUCAACAUGUUUAAAAAUGUCACAGAUUUAAAUAUAGAGUCGUGCAUUAAGAAUUCAAGUGAGCUCAAAAUCCAGCUCAGAGAAAUGACAAACCUAUCACUUGAAACUAUUGAAACAGUCCUUGCAGCGGAUUUCAAUUUAUCCAAGUUCACCUCUGGCUUAAUUGUGUUGACUCUGGCUACUGAGUGCAAUGAAGAAACUUUCAGACUGUUGCUUUCAUUUUCAUCUGACAAAGACAUCUCAACGUCUGUCAGUGAGAUGUGUUCCAUGUCCCCAGAGGAACAGUACAAGCUUGUUUUAUUAUUUGUUCAGCACCUUGAUAUAAGGAACCUCAUUUAUCAGGGUUUUAUACCACCGACGAUGAAGGAGAUACUAAAUCAGGUCCUGAACAUUUUCCAAAGUAUCACUGGAUUAGCAUCUAAAGCACGUCCCAUCUUCAAGUGGCUUCCAUCAUUUCUGUCCUCACUGGAUAGUCAGGAAUUCAUCAACACUCUACACUUUCAAGAGGAUACAGACAACAUCUUUUCAAGAAUGUCAACUCAGGGUUCAUGGAGCAAACUUUCAGCAGUGGUCUGCAAGAAUUUGACUCCUGCAGCGCUCACUGACAGCCAGAUGCUUUCAGAUCUCCCACAGAUUACUGAACUGUCUGACAGUGACUUAGAUAAAUACAGCAUCCCUGCCAACUCUACACCUUUCUGUAGGCAGUUCUAUAAGGAUAUCUUACAGUCUCCAAAUGGGGCACUGCUGUGGACCUUCAUGAAGCCUCUGUUACACGGGAAAAUUUUAUUUGCCCCCCACACACCUGAAAUCCAGCGAGUAAUGGAAAAGGCAAAUGACACUUUUAAAUAUCUGGAACAGCUGUUAAUAUACUCUCAGAAUUUUCUGAAAGUUUCUGAUGUGCUGGGAAAAAGGGAAAAUCCUCUCAUGAUCAACCAUUUACAGGGAGCUUUGGAAAACAAUUUUAUUCACAGUUUUAUAGAGAGCCAGUUAAAUAUUGAUCUGAAUCUAUUGUCCAAAGAGCUUUGGGAAUAUGAGACAACAAUAAACGCAACUUUAAAAAACUCAGUGGCAAAGAAGAUUACACGAUUAUCUCGACUAAUGGUUAAUAUCUCAGAUUGUUUGUCAAUAGAUCGUAUGUAUGGGUUCAAAUCACAAGAAGAGCUAGAACUAAAAGCAACACAGCUAAUGGAACAAAACAAUUUCCUGGCUAGUGUAAUUUUCCAGUCUCCAGAAAAUCAUAGCACUGAAACUCGGAGAUCUUCCAACUUCUCUCUGCCGGCUCAUGUGAAGUACACAAUCCGAACCAAUGUUCUGAACAGCAUGCGCACUGACCGCCUCAAAAACCCAGUCUGGACUGUGCACCCCAAGAGCAUUCCUGCCACCAGCUUUCGAUAUAACCGUAUCUUUAUUCCACUGCAAGACAUGAUUGAGAAUGCAAUUAUAGCUGUGCAGACAGGCAGAAGUGUGGUGGAUCAUGUGACGAUGGUUCAGUCCGUGCCUUACCCAUGUCACUUUAGGGACAGAUUUUUAAACAACAUUGGAUUUUUCUUUCCAUUGCUCAUGAUGAUGGCCUGGAUGAUUUCAGUGGCAAGCAUGGUGCGAAAACUGGUUUAUGAGAGGGAACUUCAACUUGAAGUGUACACUGAAAUGAUGGGAGUCAAACCCGCCACUCACAUAUGUGCUUGGUUCCUGGAAUGUCUCAUUAUCCUGGCCUCGAGCAGCGCGAUUCUGGUGUUUAUUCUGAAGAUGACACGUAUCUUACCACUGACAGAUGGCUUUCUUCUUUACCUCUUCUUGAUGGAUUUUGGAGUUUCAACAAUUGCAUUCAGUUACUUCAUCAGUGCAUUCUUCAGCAGUGCCAAUGUUGCAGCUUUGAGUGCCACUCUUCUGUACAUCAUCACUUUCUUUCCAUUUAUGAUCCUAAUUGUGGUGCAAAGUCAGCUUAGCUUUGCCUUGCAGACAAUUAUUGGUCUCCUUUCGACAACGGCAUUCAGCCAAGGCAUUUACUUUACCACAUUACUGGAAACCAAGGAGACAGGCAUUCAAUGGAGCAACAUCUACUCCUCUCAGAUUAAAGGAGAAGUCCAUACUUUUGGCUGGUUGUUUUGGCUCAUUCUCAUUGAUUCGAUUUUGUAUGCUGCUCUUGGCUGGUACUUUCGAAAAUUAUUUCCAGGAAAAUACAGAACCAAAAAGCCAUGGUAUUUCUUAUUCAGAGUAAAAUUUUGGAGAAAAAUUUUACAAAGUAAAGACAACCGAAUUAGAAGUAUCUUACCAUCAAACAUGUUCAUCUGUCAGCAGUACCUGCAAGACCAAGGUUCCCUGUACACACAACAGUCUGGGAAAAAGUCAGUUUCAGUGCCUGUGAACUCUGGAAUUGUUUUGAAGUCAUUGACCAAAGAAUACAAAGGAACUAAGAAGGCAGCCAUCAAGGACCUGAAUGUCACCUUCUCCCGAGGCCAUAUCACUUCUCUUCUGGGACCUAAUGGUGCUGGGAAAACCACAACAAUCUCAAUCUUGACUGGCCUACUUCAACCAUCUUCUGGAGAAGUCUAUGUAGAAGGUUUAAACAUGCAGUUACAUCUCUCUGCUGCAAGAAGACAGAUGGGAGUGUGUCUGCAGCAUGAUGUCCUCUUUCAGGAGAUGACAAUCCGUGAACACCUUAUCUUCUAUGGGUCUAUUAAAGCACCUCAUUGGGAAAAGAGCCAGCUGAAUGCAGAGGUCAACAGGGCUGUGGAUGAAGUUGGUCUCAGACCACAUCUGCACAAAACAGCAGGGGAUUUAUCCGGGGGCACAAGAAGAAAACUGUCAAUUGCCAUUGCAUUCAUUGGCAACUCCAGCAUGAUCAUCUUAGAUGAACCCACAGAUGGCGUAGAUCCUUGUGCACGAAGAGGCAUAUGGGACGUCCUACUAAAAAACAGAGUUGGCCGCACCAUUGUCCUCACCACGCACCAUCUAGAUGAAGCAGAAGUUCUAAGUGACCAAAUAGCCAUAAUGGACCAAGGUCAACUGAAAUGUUGUGGGUCACCCUCUAACCUAAAAGAAAUGCACGGUAAAGGCAACAGCCUCACUCUCACCAAGAAACAUUUAACCAUGGAAGGGCACAGCCUCUGUGAUGAAAGGGCAGUGAUGUCGCUCAUCCAGCAGCACAUACCUCAGGCUUAUCUGAAAGGGGCUGCAGGUGGGGAGCUGUCCUAUAUUAUACCAACUUCAGCUGACAAGGCUGCCUACAGCAACUUAUUCCAGGCUUUGGAUGAAAACCUAGAACGACUACAUCUCCUUGGAUAUGGGAUUUCCGAUACAACACUUGAAGAGGUCUUCCUAAAUCUGCUGCAUGAUCCCGAGAUUAAGCUGUCUAUGCCACCGCCUGCUGCAGAAGCCUUCAGUGUCAACAGCACUGAACCAAUUAAUGAAGAUGCCUUGACAGGCAUCAGAAGAGAGACUGGAGUGAGACGGAUUCUCAGGCAGAUCACCGCACUACUGAUCAAGCGUUUCCACCAUAGCAGAAGAGACUGGAAAGGGGCCAUUGCUAACAUUUUGCUACCAGUUCUGUUUGUUACCAUGGCGAUGGCUCUGUUCACAGUAAAGCCCCUUGUCAUCGAUUACCCGUCACUGAGGCUCACCCCCCAGUUAUACAACAGCAGCAAUCUCUUCUUCAGUUCUGAUGGCUAUGACCAGAUAAACAUCACGGCAGCUUUAUUGAACAAAUUUGGUGGAGCGGGCUCUUGUGAAAACAUGGCAGCAGGAAAUGAAUAUGCAGCUUGCUUGCAGCAUCAUGUCAGUACUGAUAAAUAUCACAAUCUUUUGUGUGAAUGUGCAUCAAACAAUCAGGAAACGACAAAAAAGAACUGUCCACCACUGAACAUCUCUCUGCACUACCUAAGGAAUCACAAUGGUGAUGUGCUCUAUAAUUUAUCAGGCCACAAUUUAGAGGAGUAUUUAUUGCAGACAUCCUUCAGACCACCAAACCAAAAAUAUGGUGGAUGGUCUUUUGGACUUCCUUUGCACAAAGAGCUAAGACAGUCACUUUUUAAUUCAUCUCAUGUGAAGACCCUAAACAAGGUCUGGUACAGCCAGCAGGGUUACCAUGCAGAGCCUUCCUACUUAAACCAGAUGAAUAAUUUUAUCCUUUGGAGUCAGCUCCCUCCUGGUACAGACUGGACCCAGUUUGGUAUUUCAUUAUAUUCCCAGCCAUAUGGUGGAUCUUUAUUGGAUGAAGACAGAAUUCAAGAAAGCAUACGUCAGUGUGGGGUUUCCAUGUGUAUCCUGUUGGGCUUUUCAAUUGUCACUGCAAGCAUUAGCACCGCCAUUGUGAGAGACAGAGUGUCCGGCAACAAGAGGGUGCAGCACAUCUCGGGACUUCACCAUGCAACGUACUGGUUUGCUAAUUUUCUGUAUGACAUGGUGUUCUACCUCAUCCCGGUUGGUCUGUGUGUCAGCAUCUUUGCAGCCUUCCAGCUGUCAGCCUUCACAUUUCGUCAGAACCUGGCAGCAACUGCCCUCCUGCUGAUGCUUUUUGGGUUUGCAACUCUACCAUGGAUGUACCUUGUGUCCCGUUUCUUUUCCAGUCCUGAUGUGGCUUUUAUUGUCAAUGUCUCAAUAAAUUUUGUACUAGGCCUUGGCACUGUUUUCUUCACAUUUCUGCCAAGAUUUCUUGCAUUUUUCUCUAACAAAAAGGUGCUUCAGACAAUGUUUGACACUUGCCGCCAGGUCUUCAUUGUACUUCCUCAGUUCUGUCUUGGACAAGGCUUGAUUGAACUGUCCUACAACCAAAUGAAAUUUGACCUGACAAACAACUUUGGCGUUGACUCAUAUGUGAGCCCUUUCCGGAUGGAUUUUCUUGGAUGGAUCCUUGUGUCAAUGUCAGUUCAAGGCUGUCUCUUUCUACUUUUACGGCUGUCACUCCACUGGGAUUUUAUAAGAAGCUUCAGAAUGAGAGAAGAUUGUACCUCAAGCACCCUGCAACACCCAGCAUGUGAUAAAGAUGUUGAGGAAGAGAGUUUGAGAAUCUUAAAUGGAAAGACCAGUAAUGAUGUUGUCAUUCUCCACAACCUCAAGAAAUAUUACCAGCAAUUUAACAAGAGAAUUAUGGCAGUGAAUGGCAUAAGCCUUGGGGUGUCAAGAGGAGAGUGCUUUGGUCUACUGGGUGUCAAUGGUGCUGGGAAGACAACAACUUUUAAAAUGCUCACUGGAGAUUUGGUUCCUUCAUCUGGAUAUGCAGUGAUAAAGACUGCCUUUGGAGAGGAGUUGAACAUCAUGGCUGCAAGCUCUGCAGGAACUCUGAUUGGAUAUUGUCCUCAAAAUAAUGCUCUGGAAGACCUCCUUACAGGCUGGGAACAUUUAUACUACUAUUGCCGACUUCACGGUAUACCUGAGCAGUCAAUCAAAUCUGUGGCUCAAAGACUCAUCCAAAGGUUGCAUUUGACAUCCCACAUUGACAAGCUGGUUGGCUCCUACAGUGGAGGGACAAAGAGGAAGUUGUCUGUAGCACUGGCAUUGGUUGGAAAUCCUCAAGUGCUUCUUUUGGAUGAACCCAGCUCAGGAAUGGAUCCUGUAUCAAAACGUCAUCUCUGGAAGACAGUGAGUGAAGAGGUGCAGAGUGGCUGUGCAGCUGUUCUAACAUCCCACAGCAUGGAAGAAUGUGAGGCUCUCUGCACAAGGCUUGCUAUCAUGGUUAAUGGACAUUUCAAGUGCUUUGGCUCCCCACAGCACAUCAAAAACAGAUUUGGGGGUUAUUAUUCUGUAAAUGUAUGGCUCAGUCGAGAAUCAAAUGACCAGAAUUCAGUUUCCCAGUUUUUGUCUUCUCACUUUGCUGGUACAUACUUGAAGGAACAACACAGAGGACUGCUGGAGUAUCAGGUACCCAAGAAAGAAGGAGGUCUCGCUGAAAUGUUCCGUCUUCUGGAAAUGAAUAAGGAAAGCCUGAAGAUUGAAGGCUACUCAAUAACUCAAAUGACAUUAGACCAGGUUUUCAUUAAUUUUGCCCUUCAGCAGAAGGAUGCUUCAGAAUGCGAGGCUGAAUCAAAAACUCCGCAGCAAGGAAUGGGAGUCUAGGACGUCUGUCGCGUCACUUGUUACUUCAAUGCCGUGUCUGUGAAAGGAGACGACAGCCAGCAUUCAUCAGCCACCUGUUUUUAAAAUGAAGCGUUUUACACUCUGCCAAAGCUCCCUCUUCUGGACUUCUACAGCAGUCAGCACACAUAUGGGAUUCUUUAACAGCCCCAAUGUCCCCCAUGGGCAUCUCUGGUUGAUAAGUUGCCCUUUAGUUUGGGUCUUUUUUCCUUUGUGGUUUCAUCUUGAACUGCUUUUGCCCUGUAACAGGGUAGUGGUGUCUUUGCUCCUGUCUAAAUCUUGCCAGCUAGCCAUUCCUUCCUGAUAAGGAAAAAUAGGACAGAUGAUCAAAAAUGUAUUACUUCUGGACUCAAAGAACUACAUCUUCUGGACUGAUGCCCCCGCCUGUUGCCGUUUUUAUGGCCAUUUAGCAGCGUAGAGUAUCUGGUUUUCCUACCCUCCUGCCAUUGUGGGUCACCCUACAUAGUGGUUUCACUUGGGAUUGUCCUGUGCCAUGCUGGUGGUAUUUUUUGCCCCUUUUGAUACUUUGCUAGUCAGCCUCCCAUUUGCCACAGAUAACAAAGAAGCAGAAUUCUUAAUAAUGUAAUAUUUAAGGACUUAAAAAAAUUCAUCAAUGAAGGCUGACAUUGCAAAGUAGAAAUGCAUCUACUUCUAG